UGUCCGCCGGCCCGUUACCCGCCCGCCCGCCAUGUCGCGCCGGCCGCCGACGCUGCUCUUCGCCGCCGCGCUGGGCCUGGUGCUGGCGCUCGCCCCCGCCCCGGGCCGCGGCUACUUCCCCGAGGAGCGCUGGGCCGAGGAGUCGCCGCUGCUGCCGCCCCGCGUCCUGCUCGCCAUCCUCGCCCGGAACAGCGCCCACGGCCUGCCCGCCUUCCUCGGCCGCGUAGAGGCGCUCGACUACCCCAAGGACAGGGUCGGCCUGUGGGUGGCCACGGACCACAAUGUGGACAACACCACCGCAGUAUUGCGGGAAUGGCUGAUGAAUGUACAGGGGUUCUACCAUUCCGUCGAAUGGAGACCCAUGGAUCAGCCCAAAUCUUACCCCGAUGAGACUGGGCCAAAGCACUGGCCAGACUCCAGAUACGACUACGUGAUGAAGCUACGACAAGCAGCGCUGAAGUCGGCCAGGGAGCGGUGGGCCGAUUACAUUUUGUUUGUAGAUGCAGAUAACUACCUGACCAAUCCAAACACCCUGACUCUACUCAUAGCCGAGAAUAAGACAGUUGUUUCUCCGAUGUUGGACUCUCGCUCCGCUUAUUCCAAUUUCUGGUGUGGAAUGACCGCUGAGGGCUAUUACAAACGGACUCCAGCCUACCCUCCGAUACGGAAGCGUGACAGGCUGGGAUGUUUCCCGGUGGUCAUGGUUCACUCCACAAUGCUGAUCGAUCUUCGCAAAGAAGCCUCCAGGCAGCUGGCGUUUUACCCCCCACACCCGGACUACACCUGGGCCUUUGAUGAUAUCAUUGUCUUCGCCUUUUCGUGCAAGCAAGCAGGUGUCCAGAUGUACAUCAGUAACAAGGAGCACUUUGGCUUCCUGCAGGUGCCGCUGAAGUCGAGCAGCACCAUGCAGGAUGAGGUGGACAGCUUCAUUCACGUCCAGCUGGAGGUCAUGGUGAAUCAUCCUCCCAUGGAGCCGUCCAAGUAUGUGUCCGUGCAGCCCAAAAGCCUCGACAAGAUGGGCUUCGACGAGGUGUUUCUGAUAAACCUGAAGCGUCGCCUUACACGCAGAAUGCGAAUGCUUCGAACGUUGUAUGAGCAGGAGAUCGCGAGUGAAGUGGUUGACGCGGUUGAUGGAAGAGCUUUCAACGGCAGUGAGAUUAAAGCGCUGGGCAUCACGAUGUUGGCUGAUUACCAAGACCCGUAUUCAGGGCGGCCUUUGACCAAGGGGGAGCUGGGCUGUUUUCUCAGUCACUACAACGUCUGGAAGGAGAUCGUUGAACGAGGAUUGAAAAAGUCAAUCGUGUUUGAAGAUGAUCUGCGGUUUGAAAUCUUCUUCAAGCGAAGAUUGAUGUACCUGAUGAAGGAAAUGGAGAAAGCCAAACUCGACUGGGAUCUGAUAUACAUUGGUCGGAAACGAAUGCAGGUGGAUCACCCGGAGAAAGCAGUACCUGGUAUCCGUAAUCUGGUCGAGGCUGACUACUCCUACUGGACUUUAGCCUACGCCCUCUCGCUGCAAGGAGCAAAGAAACUCCUUGAUGCCAAACCCUUUGAAAAGAUGCUGCCAGUGGAUGAAUUUCUACCUGUGAUGUAUGACAAACACCCAUUACCCAAGUACCUGGAACUCUUUGAAAAGCGGGAUCUGAAGGCUUUCUCGGUGGAGCCUCUCCUGAUCUACCCCACACAUUACACGGGUGAGGCAGGCUACGUCAGCGACACCGAGACCUCCACGGUGUGGAACAACGAGAAGCAAAAGACUGACUGGGAUCGUGCCAAGUCUCAGAAGACCAGGGAGCAGGUGAAGAUCCGGGAGGCAGCCCAGAACCUGGACGUGUCGCAUUCGCCCAUUGGCUCGGCUUCCAGAGACGAGCUGUGACCACCGAUCGUCACCCCCAUACAGUGGCCCUUUACAUGCAGGAGCCGGAGCAGCGACCUGCCGUGUUUCAGAGCGAGUUGAGAUGUCUUCCAAACCAAUACUAGGCCAGGUAACGCCCGUCUCUGUGGUGACACCCACGGGCGGGGGGGGGGGAUUUGCUGAGAUAACUGUCGAUUAAUUCGUUGUGUGCCUCAAUGUAUAUAAUUAAUAAAGAGCCAGACACGAUUCACCUCAAAAUGAUUGAGCACCUUUGCUGGGCCAAAGUAGCAAAAACGGACAAGUGAUAUUGCAGCAUUAUUGAGUUCUUUGGUUGAACAAGGGGUUUUUAACUGAUGUGAUAUCAGCCAGUACUGAUCACAUUUCUGUCCACUGACUUAUCAUUCUGUCUUCACUCAAUAUCAUGCAAAUACCAAUAUGUCUUUUAUUAAAUGUAUUUUUAC